CGCCUCCGGCUAGGAUGGCCCCUCCGGGCCCGGCCGGUGCCCACCCUGCCGCUGCCGAGCCGUUGUCCCGCAGCAUCUUCCGGAAGUUCUUGUUGAUGCUCUGCUCGCUGCUCACGUCCCUCUACGUUUUCUACUGCCUGGCCGAGCGCUGCCAGACCCUGUCGGGCCCCGUCGUGGGGCUGUCCGCCGCUGGCGAGGAGGCGGGGGCCCCAGGUCCCGGCGUCCUGGUCGGAGGCCGGACGGAGCUGGCCCUGUGGUCCUCGGCGACGCAGAGAAAGCGCUUCUUGCAACUGCGGCCGGGACAGAGGCGCCGGAGGCCCGCGGGGCGCGACGGCGGCGAGGAGGCGGCCUGGGAAGAGGAGACCCCCAGCCUGACCGGGGGUCCCGUUGGCUCUGGGGCGGGGAGCAGCGUGGCCGAGGCCCCGCCAGGGACCCUGGCCCUGCUGCUGGAUGAAGGCAGCAAGCAGCUGCCGCAGGCCAUCAUCAUCGGCGUGAAGAAGGGCGGCACGCGGGCGCUGCUCGAGUUCCUGCGCGUGCACCCCGACGUGCGCGCCGUGGGCGCGGAGCCCCACUUCUUCGACCGCAGCUACGAUAAGGGCCUCGCCUGGUACCGGGACCUGAUGCCCCGAACCCUGGAUGGGCAGAUCACCAUGGAGAAGACGCCCAGUUACUUUGUCACUCGGGAGGCCCCCGCACGCAUUUCGGCCAUGUCCAAGGACACCAAGCUCAUCGUGGUGGUGCGGGACCCGGUGACCAGAGCCAUCUCGGACUACACCCAGACACUCUCCAAGCGGCCUGAUAUCCCCACCUUUGAGAGCUUGACGUUCAAAAACAGAACCACGGGCCUCAUCGACACGUCAUGGAGCGCCAUCCAGAUUGGCAUCUACGCCAAGCACCUGGAGCACUGGCUGCACCACUUCCCCAUAGGCCAGAUGCUCUUUGUGAGUGGGGAGCGGCUCAUCAGCGACCCCGCUGGCGAGCUGGGCCGCGUGCAGGACUUCCUGGGCCUUAAGAGGAUCAUCACUGACAAGCACUUCUACUUCAACAAGACCAAGGGCUUCCCCUGCCUGAAGAAGGCUGAGGGCAGCAGCAAACCUCACUGCUUGGGCAAGACUAAGGGCAGGACCCACCCCGAGAUCGACCGCGAGGUGGUGCAGAGACUGCGCGACUUCUACCGGCCUUUCAACCUCAAGUUCUACCAGAUGACUGGGCAAGACUUUGGCUGGGAUGGAUAACCAUAUAAUUUAAAAAGAAAAAAAUCAAAUAUAAUAUAUUUUUUUACCAAUCGGUAGAGAAAAGACAGAGUAAUAUUUGUGCUGAAAAUAUUUCUUCGAGUAGUUUUUUUUCAAUGAAUGUUAAGAGAUUGUUCUCAUCUCUGUCCCCAUCUUUCUGUUUAACUUACACCAACAUUUGGAUAAAGAAGAAAGGAAAACUUUACUCAUCUAAAUACUUUAAAUUUUUAAUUUUUAUUUUGUGUUUUGUAUACAUAAUUAAAAAGUAAGAGCAUCAGUUGCCAUUAAAACUUUUAAGGGAAUUCUGGGGGUAAAUCGAUCUCUUCCUCUGUCUUACAAGGCCCAGAUGAAGUUGAUAUCUAGCCUUCUGCAUUUCUCCCUUUAAUAUUUUUAUCAUGCCACUUUUUCUGAAACUGUUCCACAAUUAAUAAUGCUGUGUGGUUGUACACCACUUCAGAUAUCACAGUGCUUUCAAUUAAAACAUUUUUUGAUCCUUAUACUGCUAUGUGGUAUAAGAACAUGGUACAUGGAGAUUAUAGUCCCCAUUUUACAGAUAAGGAAACUGAGUCUCAGGGAGGUUAAAUAGCUUACUGUAGGGCCAGAUGGUGAAUCUUACAAAACCCCAUCUUCCACUUAUUCCUUAUUUCAUGCCACUUUUUCUAGGAGAAUGGGAAGGAAGACCUCUGUGCCUUUAAAAAUGGUUAGGAAGGUUGGAAAAAUGCUCUACGUGGGACAGGGAGGUUCCUAUUGCUUCCUAAGUUCCAGGCUAGCCCUCUGGCACUCAGCAUACUACAGAGUGUGGUCCUGGAAACCACUUGGACCUGGGCACAACAUCUUCUGAGAGCCAAUCUCAGCUUGAUUGUAGUAGAGAGAAAUGACCCAAUUCUUGGAUCGAGAACAAGGGAGACAGUCACACUGGUAACAGGACAAGGUGUGGUAGGAACACAACUUACCUUACCUUUGUUGUUUUGCCUUGACCUAUUUCUUUUAAUUAAGAAAAACCCAUUCCUAUAACAGCUUACAAAUAUCAAUUUCAUUUUUAUUUAUUUCUUGUUUAACAAAGAAAAUCUGCUUCUGUUUGUAAUGUCUCAUUUCUAACCUUGGCUCUAGUACUAAAAAUAUAUCAAUAUACAUCUUUUACAAUACCCUUAUUUUUCAUGGGUGGAGGCCUGUCACCUUUGAUACUUUCUUUUUCCCCAUUUCCCUUUAAUUCCUAUUAUAACCUAGUAUUCAUUAAUAUUUGGAAAAUAUUCUCAGAAAUGCAGAUGGAGGUGAAAAGGUGUUUUUUCCUCUUUGCCCAUCUGUUUCUGCCCAUCCACCAUUUAAAUAGCUCAAAUUAAUCAAUCGUUUAUUAAAAGGAUUCCUCUCUGAGUGGGCAUUAAUGAGAUUAGCAUUAAUGGGAAUUAAAUUGGUUUAGAGAGGAGCGCAUAUGCACAAAAUAUAUAAAAUAUGUAUAAUUAGUCUGUCAGCAAUAUUUUAUUACAGGUUUAAACCCAAGAGGAAACUGUCUCCUAUCUCAUGGAACUUUUCUAUAUCCACCAAAAUUUAAAGGACCAAACACUCUAGUAUUCUAAAAUAAUAUUCUUUUUCUACUCUUAUGUUGUUAAUCAAAAGAAACUAAAGUUGUUUUAAAUAUGCAGUACAACUGCAUUUGCCACAGCAGCUGCAUCAGGUGAAGUAAAUAUUUCUUGAGAAGCUUAACAUAGGAUUUAAACAAAGGGAAAAAAUAUUUAAAUUUCUAGAUAUCCCAUUAUUGCUCCAAAUCUCUGGCUCUAUUUAUUAGUUCCCACUUUCAGGAGUUAAGUAAACCCCAAAUCCAAGUUUCUUUUCCCAGUUGAUUUCCUUCCCUUUCAUGCUCUCAAUUUGCCAAUGCCACAGCUUGUUUUUUCUAGAAUUAUCACUACCAGCAACAAGAUACUCAUUUUGAACUCUAUUAAUCUUUUUCUCUUAACUUGUUUUGUUUAUGCUUUCGAUUCUUUUAUAAGCAUUUGCUUGACAUUAUGCAAAAGUAGUUUGCACAAGGAAACACUUAUGUUCAACAGUCUUCAUCUUUUUGUGAUAAGAAACAAUAAAAAACAGAAUUGAGUGUAAAGAAUCUCUUCUUGCAUGUAGAUUGUUCAUAUUUUUUUGAAAUGAAUGAUUGAACAGCACUCUGGGAAAACCUUCUAACUUCUAAGAUUUCAUAGGAGUGUUAGAAGUUAUAGAUCCCCCCCCAAAAAAUAUAUCAAGAGGCAGUAUACUGUUUCCUCCAGAACAGGAUUUCCCAUUUCUACUUCUCUGUGGUAUUUACUCCUGCUGUGCAUGGACUUGACUUCAGAUUUCUUUGUUCAUGUAGCUACACCAAAUAAGAAAUGAACAUCUUAGCCGUCCUUUCCUGUCGCUGUCUGCUCCGCAGCCAUGCCUACUGGCCUCAUUAACUCUUCUUAAGACUGAAGAAUUGUCUCCAGAGAACAACCAGAGUCUACAGCUUCAUUCUUCACACUUUACAUUUGAAGUGAUUUCUACUGUAUGUAAACUCUCCACACAAUUUAGCAACUUUUAAGAAAAGUUAACUUUAUUCUAAUAACCUGGGAUUAAUAAGGUUCUAGAGAAUAGAUGUUAAUUAUUCUAGGAGUAUUGACCCUUCUCUAAGUUUCCAAUUUUCAAGGUCUUUAAAGUUAGAAUAAACCUCAGUGGUAAUUUGGAUCACAUCCCCAUUUGGCAUUCUUUCUUUAACUGGGCACCAAAAACAUUGAUGUGUCUGUAAAUCCUUAACUCUUGAUCUUGCAGUUGCUAAUAGGAUAAAUGCCCUCCAAACAUGUCCAUCCUGCGCUGUCAGCUGAGACUUGCCAAAUCCAUUACCCAUGAAAAUACCAAAACUCAAGGUGUGAAUAAAUAAAUGCAUCUAUAAAAUAAUAAUACCUUAUAGUCAUGUAGCAGAUUAACCUUUCAAAUGCAACACUUCACCUUCAAACACCAGCAGCUCUCCAGUCUCAUUAGUUCCCUUUACAGUUGAGGAAACUAAUCCUUAAGAUAGUGAUUCUCAACAAAGGAUGAUUUUCCAUCCCAGGACCAUGUCUGCAGAUAUUUGGGUUGUCCCAAGGGUGGUGGAGUAUAGGGCACUUCUAGUGGGUGAACAUCAGGGAUACCAUUAAACAUCUUAUAAUGCAAAAGCGAGCUUCCAUAAAAAGAAUCACCCCACCCAAAAUGUCAGUGAAGCUGAGAUUCCCCGGGGCAGAGGAAGUAAACCAGUCACAGGUCCUGUAUGUGUGUGUGUCUGAACCAGGUCAAAGUACCAGAUUCUAAUUAGUGCUUGACUGGUAAUGCUUUCACUCACCACUCUAGGUUUUUCUUUUGAAAAUCUUUCUUUCUGUAACUCUGUAAGAGACUCCAUUAUAAUAAACAGAUCAAUGUUUAACAGUGUGCUUUGCCAAGAGGAGUACUAAAGAGAAACAUCAAUGAACUGAAUUCUUACAACUGAGAUAUAGGAACAGCUUGGAAUAAACGGUAGUCACAUUUCUGUGAAGUUGAAUCUUUGUCAGUUUCAGGCUGAAAAAUAGCAUUCCAAUGAGACAUUUCUAAAAGUGUUUUCAAGUUCAAGUCUUGCAAUUUCAAUUUGACCCCAUGACAGUGCUGUGACAGUAUUUCUUGUCACCUGACACAACCAAGUGACAAGAGACAGAAGUAAAAGGCUCCACUUCUGUUACACAGCUAAAUUCAGGUGGAUGUGCUGUGCUAUUCAAAUGGUCCUAAGUUGCUGAGUAAUAGCAAAUAAAGGAGAAUUCUCACUGACACAUCUUCUAGAAACCCAGGAACUUUGUAUACAAUUCCCACAGAAUUGAGGAAAAGAAGAGCUAUGGUUCCCAAAUAUAGAAAUGUGUGGUUGAGAUUCAAUGAAAGUCUUGGUGCAGAAAUAAAGGACCCUACCUGUUCUCCUAUUGUAUCCUACAUUUACUGAGGAAGAAUCAGACUUAAAUAACCCAAAUAUCAUGCCCUGUUAGGGAAACUUCAGCAUUACUAUAGAAUGUGUGGUCCUUAAUUAUUAACAGGAAAACAGAUUUACAAUCAGAAUCUCAAUUAUAUUGGUGAAAAAUGGAUAGGGCAAAUUUUAACUUGUCACAUUAUAGAGUUUUGGAUUGGGGACCUUCUCUCUUGAAAAAAGGUAAACUUGGGAAAAUUACAAGGCAGUGCAACUUCAUACACAGAGUGAUAAAAUAAUGAAUUUUAAUUAUGCCAGGAGGAAAUAAAACUGGAAAUAGAAAUUGCUUGUAAUAUAUGCAUCUAUUGUGGGAUAGUUAGGAUAUUUAGUUGGUAUGUUUCAAGCUAUAACCCUCAUUUUCUAGUUUCUAACUUUUGGUGGUGUUCUUUUAAUAGCUAUGUGCUCAACAACCCACUCUCCUCCAGUUUGACUGUCUAAAUAAAAGGUAACAAUAAACUGGAAGCAUACUUUUUAUCCCCAAAUUCUUGGGUCUGAAACUUUAAGUGCACUCAAGGAUCGCAUAUGAGAAAUGGCAUCCUCAGUUAGCUCUGCCUGGCUGGUACAUAGGCAAGGUAGAUUUCUAGCUGGGUAUUAGCUGAUAGCUCCUAAGAGAGCUUUCAAGUUUCUG